AAAGGCUCGUAGCUACACCCAUCACCAUCACACACAUACACCCACAGUCAUCAUGAAGUCUGUUAUCUUCGCCUGCCUGUUCGCCGUCGCCCUUGCGGCCCCCCAACAGAACCCACUGGGUCUCGCUGAAGUUCUCGUCGAUGAGCGAGUGGAUAACGGUGACGGAACCUUCCAGUACAACUUCCAGACCAGCAAUGACAUCGCCGCACAGAGGACCGGCUCCGUCGGCUCAGCUGGCCAGAGCAACCACCAGGGAGUCUACAGGUUCCUGACCCCCGAGGGCGAGACCGUCGAAGUGAGCUACACCGCCGACGAGAACGGCUUCCAGCCACAGUCCGCCUUCCUGCCCACCGAGCACCCUCUCCCCGCCCACGUCUACGAGCUCCUCGCCAUCGCAGAGCAGCAGCGCGCUCAGGGCGUCCAGUUCGACAACAGGGGUUUCCGAAUUAACUAAAGAAAAGAACAAAAAUAUGCCAUAACGACAAUUCUAUACUACAAUUUUCUGUAGAUGAAAAACUUUUACUUACAAUUUUGAGAUAGCAACCAGAUAAUACACAUUCAAAAAAAACAAACUCAUGUCACAAUUUGCAUUUAAAAUGAUACAUGCAUUUUAACAUUGAAACACUGACCAUACAAAUUCUACUGCCUGGCUGUUAUCUUCAAUUGUACUCUUUAGCAAUAAAAACUUAAAGAAAU